AUGGCAGACAUGCAUUCCGUAUGGCUCAACUUACCCAGACCGACACCACUACCAUUCGAGAUCACCAGAAAUACGACAGUAGAAGAGAUGCUGGGAAUGCCAAAUAUCUUACCAGUCAAGAUUACUACUACCGACCAGCAAAAUCAACCAAUGAUUUCAGUCGCAGGGACUGUAAAACAAUCCGUCUCAGCUUCUGAAACUUACCACCCUGUCUUCAGCAUAAUCUGCAAUCCAUCCUACGACAGUACCGAGAGGAAGUCAGAACUUCUGGAGAGCCGACUCCAUUCAUACGAGAUAAGCUUCCCAACAGAGGUCGAUGCUCUCUUUACAGAAUAUUACAACAUAACUGCCGACAUAGAGAUGAAGAGACUUACUGCAGUCAUGGAGUCUUCACCACAGUACCACUGUCGUAUAAAUCAAUUUUUCAACCACCAACGUCAAUUACUAAUGUAUAGAAUAGACAGAAAGCUUAGCAGUCUGGUCAAACCUGCGACUUGCCAUAAUCAAUCUACACUGAACUCAAAAAACUUCAUGGUACUGCGAGACUGGUUCAACCAACAUAGCCACUAUCCUUAUCCAUCAAGGGAACAGAUUAAGAAAAUGUCAAAAAUUUCCAACAUUAAGAUGCAAGACGUCAAAGUUUGGUUUGCAUGUGAAAGAAUACGCCAGUCAUCAGCAGCCGUCCGAAAACUAAACUGA